CCGCCGGCCUCCCCGCGACCCUUCCCCUCCCCCUCCCGCCACUCCCGGGGGGCUGGGGACGCGCUGCCAUGUGAUGCGCCUCCUCUCCGCGAGCUUUCGGUGACCCCCACCCCUCCCCGAUCCGCCGACCGCCGGGAGGGGGCUGCGGGCCGGGAGGACGCGGGCAAGAGGAGACGGAGAAGAACGCAAAGUUCUCCGGCGAGUGCAGCUGUCUGCUUCAGGAAGUGAGGUCAGCAGGAGCAGGGAGAAUCUUUAAGAGCUGCCUUGCGCUGUGACAUGUCUGAUUCCUUGCUGCAGUCCCUACAGCAUGAACAAGGUGGAUGCCCGCUGACCUGGCGCAAGGCGGCCCCACAAGGUUUCGGGGUCCAUGUCUGAAUGGAUUGCUGUAGCCUUCUCUUCUCUCCCUUCGCCCAGUUCCCUGCAUCCUAAGACUCGAAGCCAGCACGGGACCUGGAAAAAUUACAUCAGUCAGAGACCUGGUGAGAGUGGACUCUAACCCCUCAAAGACUUUCUGAUCCACCUCAUCAGCACUGCUCUGGGAAGAAGGUGUGAGCUCUGCAGGGCGCGAGUAGCUACCGGGGAUGACAGCAUUUCCUCUAGUUUCUGGAUAAUGAGCAAGCGCGCAGGGUGUGAACGGCAUGUCUGUGGAUGAGAAGCCUGGCUCCCCCAUGUACGUGUAUGAGUCCACAGUCCACUGCACCAACAUCCUCCUGGGCCUCAAUGACCAGCGCAAGAAGGAUAUUCUCUGUGACGUGACCCUGAUCGUGGAAAGGAAGGAGUUCCGGGCCCACCGAGCCGUGCUGGCCGCAUGCAGUGAAUACUUCUGGCAGGCGCUGGUUGGACAGACGAAGAAUGAUUUGGUGGUCAGCUUGCCCGAGGAGGUCACGGCCAGGGGGUUUGGGCCGCUGCUGCAGUUCGCCUACACCGCCAAGCUGUUACUCAGCAGAGAAAACAUCCGCGAGGUCAUCCGCUGCGCCGAGUUCCUGCGCAUGCACAAUCUGGAGGACUCCUGCUUCAGCUUCCUGCAGACCCAGCUUCUGAACAGCGAGGACGGCCUCUUCGUGUGCCGGAAGGAUGCGGCGUGCCAGCGCCCGCACGAGGACCACGAGGACAGCGCCGGGGAGGAGGAGGACGAAGAGGAGGAGACCAUGGACUCGGAUACGGCCAAGAUGGCUUGCCCUAGGGACCAGAUGCUUGCAGACCCCAUCAGCUUGGAGGCCGCCACCAUCCCAGUGGCAGAGAAGGAAGAAGUUUUGUUGCCCGAGUCCGACGUGCCCGCGGACACCAAGGAGAGCUCGGCCAAGGACGCGUUAACGCAGUACCCCAGAUACAAGAAAUACCAGCUUGCAUGUACCAAGAAUGUCUAUAACGCAUCAUCACACAGUACCUCAGGUUUUGCAAGCACAUUCAGUGAAGAUCACUCUGGCACCAGCCUCAAGCCGGGGCUUGCCGUGGGGCAGAUUAAAAGCGAGCCGCCCAGCGAAGAGAACGAAGACGAGAGCAUCACGCUCUGCCUGUCCGGAGACGAGCCUGACGUCAAGGACCGAGCGGGCGACGUGGAAAUGGACCGGAAGCAGCCCAGCCCCGCGCCCGCGCCCGCGCCCGCGCCGCCUGCCGGGGCCGCCUGCCUGGAGCGGGCCCGGGGCGCGCCCUCCCCGUCCUGCCUGCGGUCUCUGUUCAGCGUAACAAAAAGUGUGGAGGCGUCCGGCCUGCCCGGCACCUCUCAGCAGCACUUUGCCAGGAGCUCAGCGUGCCCCUUUGAGAAGGGGAUCACUCAGGGUGACCUUAAAACUGACUACGCCCCUUUCCCGGGGAGUUACGGGCCGCCCCACGUGGGCCAGAAGGACGCGUCCAGCUUCGCCAUGGGGUCGCCCCUCAAGGGCCCUGGCCUGGAGGCGCUCUGUAAACAGGAGGGCGAGCUGGACCGGAGAAGCGUCAUCUUCUCCUCCGGCGCCUGUGACCCAGCGAGCCCCGCGGUGCAGUCGUAUUCUGGGGUAAGCGCUCUGGACAAAGACCUCUCGGAGCCGGUGCCGAAGGGCCUGUGGGUGGGGGCCGGCCAGCCCCACCCCAGCUCGCAGGCCUACCCCCACGGGGGGCUGAUGGCGGACCACUUGCCGGGAAGGCUGCGGCCCAACACUAGCUGCCCGGUGCCAAUCAAGGUGUGCCCUCGGUCGCCCCCGCUGGAGGCCAGGACGAGGACUUCCAGCUCCUGCUCCUCCUAUUCCUACGCAGAGGACGGGAGCGGCGGCUCGCCCUGCAGCCUCCCUCUCUGCGAGUUCUCCUCCUCGCCCUGCUCCCAGGGAGCCAGAUUCCUUGCCACAGAACAUCAGGAGCCAGGCCUGAUGGGAGACGGGAUGUACAGCCAGGUCCGACCCCAGAUUAAAUGUGAGCAGUCUUACGGAACCAACUCCAGCGACGAGUCCGGAUCGUUCUCGGAAGCAGACAGUGAUGGACAGCUCACCAUCCAUCCUGGCCCCAGUAUCACUGAGGAAGAACCUCUGUCGGUUGCACCUGACCGUAUCACGGGUCAUUGCCCAGGUGCCCCCCAAACGGUCAAACUUCCAUUUCCUGUCGAUCAAAUCACAGACCUUCCGAGGAAUGACUUCCAGAUGAUGAUCAAGAUGCACAAGCUGACGUCAGAGCAGUUAGAGUUCAUUCACGAUGUCCGCCGGCGCAGCAAGAACCGCAUCGCCGCCCAGCGCUGCCGCAAGAGGAAGCUGGACUGUAUUCAGAACUUGGAAUGUGAAAUCCGCAAGCUGGUGUGUGAGAAAGAGAAGCUGCUGUCAGAGAGGAAUCAGCUGAAAGCGUGCAUGGGAGAACUGCUGGACAACUUCUCGUGCCUCUCCCAGGAAGUCUGCCGAGACAUCCAGAGCCCCGAGCAGAUCCAGGCCCUGCACCGGUACUGCCCCGUCCUCAGACCCGUGGGUCUUCCCACAGCCCCCAGUAUUAACCCCGCGCCCCUGGGCGUGGAGCAGUGCGCGGCGGGGGAGAGCGCGCCCUGCUGCUUGGAGCAGGGGGCGGCGGCCCCCGGCCCCCCCUGGGCCCCCAGCAACGCCUCGGAGAACUGUACUUCUGCUCGGAGGCUGGAGGGCACCGACCCAGGGGCCUUCUCUGAGCGAGGGCCUCCCCUGGAACCCAGGAGCCAAACGGUGACCGUGGACUUCUGCCAGGAGAUGACUGAUAAGUGUACAACGGAUGAACAACCCAGGAAAGAUUACCCCCAGUGACGGCCUGCCUGCGAGUUCUCAGCCCCCUCCCACACAGCUGUCCUUGGGUCAGCCUGCAGUGCUGUUCGUCUGUCGUCUGGAAGAACCGAGAAGGAAUCUGGUGCACACUACAGCGGUCUUAGCAGCAAUACUGUUUCUUAGUAUUCUCUCCUCCCUUCAAGCAGGAGCGACAUAUAGUUACCCUCACAAUGGUGCUACCCCUUGUUCAGGCAAGGGAAGACGACAGUGGCAAAGCUGUCUGUCUGUGGGUUCAUUUCAGUCUUUACAGGGAUGGACUAACACCUCUAGGACCCAACCGCGGAUUUCUUUUCUCCGUGGCCCAUGUCACAAAGCCUAUCUCAGGAAUUUCUUCUGAAUGUUCAACUUUUUUCAUGGAAGACAGCUUCUAUACACAUCAAAGUUUUAUAGCUAGACUGUACAUAGUAUAUAUAUAAUAUAUAUGAAAUAUAUUAUCUCUCUCCAUAUGCAAAAGUCCUGCAUGCCUCAGUUUUCUCCUCCUGAAACUGGAAACUUGGUUUCUCGUUUAUAAACAGGUUCCAACAUUCCUCUUUUGUCUCUGAUGCUAGAACCGGUUCGUAACUGUUAACCUGCUCAUUUUUCUUGCUUCACAGUUCAAGUUGUGCUUAUUUAUGGACAGAAUUCAGUGUUAGAAGCUUUCUUUGACAUUUUAUUUCAGACCUUUUAUUUCUUGUUGGUUUGGUUUGAUUUGGGCACUCUCAGAUGGUGCCAGUUGAGAUUUUUUUUUUUUUUUUUUUUUUUUGCGGAUACUGUAUAGUCAAGGUCAACUUUGCCACUUGCACUGAGUUUUGGGUCAAACGUAUUUUCUUAAAUGAAGUUGUCACUUCAGUAUAACUCAAGUAAACUGUAUAUUCUUUGCUCUUCAAAAAGUAAAACAGCUAAUUAAAAAAAAAAAGCACUCAGGUGAUAAUUAUGUAGGAAAAACAAUCUUGCCAAAUAAUGAAUUCAUCCUAGGAUGUAGACAAUAAUCUGCUUGAAUAUUUUUAUAUUUCACCUCCUCCCCACCUUUUCCUAAGCAAAGUUAAAAUGCAGAGAGUUCAGAGUUGAUGUUCAGAUUUCUAAGUGGGGAAAGAGUUUGGACAUCUCACUGGAAAGUGCAUUGAAACAGCGGGAAUCGUGAUGUUAUACCGGAACUCAGCAGGCUUUGGCUCCUAGAUAGCAAGUUAGAACUGGUUUCUCAGUCUGGGAGUAAGUCCCAUUCAUUUCAACACUGCCCUAGACCUCUGCCUGCUCUGGAUGUAUAGAACAGUAGGAACUUCUUCGAAGGACUUAGCUGCUUGGCCACCCAGCCCAGGACCUGCCUCCCCCGGGACUCACCUGAGGGGCUUUGCAUCACUGCCCUGGGGGUCCCACCUUUUUGUGGCUGUCCUGGGGUUGAUGCGGCGGGCCCCGCCCGAGUAGGAGAGAGCAAGACAGUUGUAGCCUGAAGUCUGUUCCUGGCGCAGACAAAAGCAUUUCUUUCUCCCUUGUUUCUCCAAAUGCUUUAAGUUGCAUCCUGAGGUUUUCCCACCAAUUCUCUUGGUCUGAAGGCAGAUUUCAUUCUGAGGCUUUGGAUACGAUGCGUCCAGGAGCCCUCCCUGCCCCUUACCCCCACCACGCACCUCCCUACUCUCUCCUGAUGAUGAUUUCCUUCUUUUGCUGCAAAACUGGUUGGCUUGCAACUCACAGAGAGCGGCUUCCCUUGGCUCAGGGGGCGUGUGGGCCCCUGGCUGCGUUUACAGGAAGGGGUGCAGACCCCUCGAAGCCUGUGCUGGGGGAGAGGUCAGCCCCCCGCUCCUGUGGGUCCUCCAGCUCGGCUGCGGGGAGGAGUCCCGAACAGUUUAAUGUGGGGAUGGGGUGGUGGGCCGUGGGGACUAGACGGUUGAUUUUGUUUCUUCAUUUGUGCCAUUGUUUGGACGAUAUUAAAGCUGCAUGUGAAAGGGGAAAUUAGUAUAUGACGUAGGCGAAACGUGAAAUCAUAGUAACAUAUGUUUUAGUACUAUUAACUUUUUUCUGUACAAAUAUUAGUGCUAAAUGUUUAAAUAUGUAUGAAUGCCAGAAAUUUGUUGGUUCAUGCGGUAGGGUUUAAAAAAAAAAGGCUUUUCUUUGAAAAUAGUUCCACUUUUAGAACCUGCCUCUGGGCUUUUGUUUUUUCUCGUCUGUGUGUGUGUGUGUGCGCGUGCAUUUGUCUAAGAUACAUUUUACUCCUGCUCUGAGUCGAAGCUACGGUUUCUGUUGUGGCUGUUGGAAUUUCUUGGCCUAGUUCUGUGCUUCUCUGUGAGGUUUGCCUUUGGGGAAGACUGGUGACAGCUCUGAUUUAAACUCAAUGUGAAUGCCGUGAUCCAUCAUAGGUGUGUGUUCUGGUGGAAGAGUUGGCUUAAAGGUUUUUUUGUUGGUUUUCUUUUUUUUUUUUUUUUUUGGUUUUUUAACUCUUGUUGCCUUUUUUAAGUGACCUCCUCUUCUUUUAAAAAAGGAAUGUUUUCUGCUCAUAUCAUAACCAGGUCCAAACUGGCUCAUUGCUGUGAAUGACCCUGGUACCCACUCAUGUGCAUCUGGUCGUCUUGACCCUGUUCUGAAUGCCCGCCCCCCCUUUCCUUUAUCCUGCGCUGCUGGCUUCCAGCUGGGGAGGGGGUUUCCUGUAUAUCUCUCCCCCCAACUCAGCCCAUGGCCUCCUCUGGCCAACCCCUGCCUCGGAUGUCUCUCUCUUUGCUAACCACACCCUUGCCAUGCCUGCCAUGGGAAGCAACCAGUUAAAAACACUGCUGGAGAAACUGUCUUUCGAUUUCUUGGAGAUUUGAACAAGUUGUUGGAAUUUGGUUCUCUGUCCACCAGGAACAGCGACUGGCUUUGUUCAGUUGACGCGACGUGUCUGUGUCUCUUACUGGUCUGAACCAUGUGCUUGUCAAGAUUAUUUCCAGAUUGAUUCAAAGGGAGGACUAGCUGGGCACCAUGGUCCAGGUUGCCUCAAGUGGAGUUUGAAAACCAGCCUGUCUCCUUUUCCUGGGAUCCAUUAGUGCAACCCAAGUCUUUUAUGAAAGAGAAAAGCAAGUAAACAGCACGGAGUAGUGUUGAUGUGGAAUGGUGACGUCUAGUUGUACCAUUAAGGUUCUAUCCUUGCAGAUAUAAGGAACUCCAGCAUUUAUAUUCCAGCCAUGAAAUGUUCAGGAGGGUCCUUGUGACAGGCAGUUGUGUCUCCAAGUGGCUGGGGUAGGCGUGGGCUGCUGCAGCAGGGACAGUAGAGGUGGUCCUGUGGCUACUUAACAUCUGCCUGAGACUAGUCCCCUCGGAUCUGCCUUUUUUCUACUUGUGUCUCCAGACAACCUCACUUCGUUCAGAUUGGUCCGGCUUGGGCAGGUGCAUGCUUUGCUGUAUAUGUCUGUUUCUCUGCGUUAUCUGGGGGUGCCUUGAAUAAAAUAACUUCACAACAUACUGAUUCUGGAACAAACCAUGGCAAAAACAAACAAAAAAAAGAGCUGGAAAAGUGACUAGGCCACCUGCUCCUCCUCUUCUGGGUUCCCUUAAUAAUGACUCAGGCAUCAGAGGUGAUGCUGCCGUAGGGAAGGGUAUUUUGUAUUGUGUACAAGUAAUUUAUUAACUGUAUUUCUAAAGGUAUGCUGCUCUUAAGAUGCACUAUGAUUUUGGAUUUAAUCCUUGUGUUGCUUUCCCAAGGAAAUAAAAAAAAAAAAAAAAAAGCUGAUGAUUAGUAUGUCAGCUGCCGCUUCUUGAAAAGGAAGGCAGGGACCAGCGACAGAAUUCGCGUGAGAGCACGUCUAAAAACCAGGUGGGCACUCUGAAGUCCAGCACUAUUGUCAGGAGGUCUAAACCUACACUUUCUCUCUAAAUGCUUUAUGAUUGCCAUUAAAGAAGAAGAAAGGAACAGAAAAAGGUGUGAAAAUAUACAGCUUUGAAAACCCCACUUGCUUCUUCAAGCUGAUCCAUCUGCUAGAUUAUGUAGCAUAAUCCUCUCAAAAUGAGUAAAAGCCUGCAAAGCUCUUUAGACUUCCUAUGGGUUCCCUAGCUCUGUACAUUAUGCCCCAUUUCAACUAGGAGCCACUUAAUAAAUGACUUCAAACUGCACCACUAGUACUUAACAUUUGUUGGAGGAGUUGCUGAUCAAGAGGGCAAAAAGAAUGAAGUUUUGUCCUCAAAUCACUAUAAAUAGGCAAAGAAACACAAUUUUUUUUUUUUAAAGAAUAAAGCUAUUCACUGGAUCAUGACUUAGUCUUUCUUCCCCAAACUGAGGAUUUUGCUGUGGGUUCCAUUACUGGCAAGUCAGUGCCCAGUGGGAAGCCUGUGUGGAAUUGGAAUUCACGCGGGCAUUCUGUGUGCCUGGAGGCAUUCUGUGUGUAAGCUGUGUGUGCCGAAUACUGCCCAAGCUAGCUCCUGACCCAAGCAUCAAAGACGGAUGCUGCAGAAUAAAAUAUAUUUGUACACAGAUAGUGUGUGCAAGCAUUCUUUGUACAUAGAAAAGACCUAUUGCGGCAGAUGGAGGAUAAAUUAUUUGACUGACGGUGCAAAAACAUUUCUUGCAAAGAAAAGUAAGUGUGUAGUAUUUUCCUAAACUCCACCUUGGGAGAUAGUAUUUAUAGCAAAUGAGUAUCAGUGCAUUUUCAUUGUCAUAUGACAAGGAUGCCGCCAUGGUGUGAAGAAAACCCACUCGGCAGCAGAGGCCCACUUUCAUAGCUCUGGUUUCCUGUGACAUGGUGUGUGCGUUUCACUUUCCAGCAAUGGACAACCAACCUUGACUUUCCUUUCCAUUCCAGUGGACUGACCUCAGACAACACAGUGGCCUCCUUAGACACAGAAGGGCACCCAGAGUGUGCAUUUCAGGUAGACUCAACUGCAGCACCAGACACUCCUGUGGGGACAGGAAAGGGUGAAGGGAUUUGGACAAAGAGGGUUUUUCUUCCUCCAGUUUGAUGCUAAGUCUUCUACCAAAACAUGCCUGGAGGCAGAGGGGUGAUCUCCACAUGAGUCGUAACCAUGCAUUGUGCAUGUGUGAAUGCUGAGAGGCCCAUUCAUGCCCCGACCUAAAAGACCUGCCACUUCUAUUAAGUGAUCCAGACGCUUCCAUGGCGUUCAGGAGCUUCGGGCGCUGGUCAGACACGGUGAGCCGUUUGAGGCAAGUGCCACCUUUGCUUGCGAGGUCCCGUGGGCCCAUGAGAAUUUGUUCCAGAACCAGUCUAAUGCAAGUGCACCUCCAAUCUAUGCCUUACAAACUCCAGAGGCCAUGUUCAAAACAGGGUUUUCUCAGUGUAUGCAAGGGGCGACUGCCCCUCUCCUCUUCCUCCCCAGGUUGAACAAUACGGACAGUUUUCACACAUAUCUACCUGUAUAACCCUCUGUACCUCUCAUAACUGGUCAACGACUGUAACAGGUUACAUCAGGUGUUUUUCUACAUACUUUUUACACAGAUUCUAUGCGAUUAAUGUAACUUAAUUCAAUGCAUCAUUUUGUUGUACUAGUUCUUAGGCUUGUCUUUUUAUUUCCUAAGUGAUUGUGGUUUUUUCUUGUGGUUUUUAUUGUAAAAAUGAAAUGGCUGUUGAUGCUUAUUCUCUGUAACUAAGAAUUUUUACCUUUUUUGGGGGGAAAAAAAAACAUUGCUAUGAACUAAUGAAUUGAAACUUCAUUUACUCAUUGUAAAUACACUAUUGUGCAAAAAAAAAAUUUCACUCAAUUGAAUUGCUAAUGUUAACUGAAUUUUGUCUAGACACCAUUUCUUUUGAUGAAAUAAAGACAUAUCAU